AUGCCGAGCGGCGGGUUAGAGAUGACGCGCUCGUCAUACGCCUUCUGGAACUACACGUCGUGCCCGAUCGUCGCCCGCUACAUCCCCAAUGUGGCCCAACGAAUCGGCAUCGACCCGUCCCUCUCCGUGUUCCUCGACGUCCGCUGCAACGACCCGGAUGUGCUGACCAAUUUCGAGGAACAGAAGCAAACCGUCAUCCAGCACUCGACGGAGGGCGUGAUCGUCAAGCGGAUGUGCGUCGAGAUGGAGAAGCUGCUCGGCGCCCCGGCCCCCGGAACCAUCGUCCUCAUUGCUGAAUACGACAGCUACGAGUCUACGCUGGUGGCGCUGCAGCGAGACGGAUGGCGCUGCGUAGCGAUCAGCCCCGGAAAAUGGCAGGGCCAAGGGCUGAGCGAGCCCCGCGUCCGCGUCGACGACCUGAUGUACGGCGACGAGCCCCCGUUCAUCAUCACCCUCCACUCGCGCUCCUUUCUUGUACAGAUGCCCGGGAUGAGCACCGCCGACGCGAUGGCCCUCCUCAGCCCCCUCCAGUACCUCGUCCACUACAACGACAUCACCAAUGAGGCCGUCGUCGUCAUCAAGGGCCACGACACGGAGCACAUCAGGAAGAGCCUCGAGGAGCUGAUCGGGCGCGUGUGCGGCGCCGCCGGCGUCCAGCCGGCCGACGUGCUCCCGCUGCCGCCACAUUCUUUCCCUCCCCGCAUCGCCACGGGCCCCUCGUCGACGGCCGCCGUCGUCGCCAAGUCUCCACCUCCCCCGAACGGCUCGACGACGCCGGCCGCCACCCCGGCCGCGACCACCCACCACGUCUUUGUCGCCAUCCCGCCACAACACCUCGGCCAUCUGUCGCUCGUUGGGGCAGCUGAGGAUCCACAGGACCCCCCUCAAUAUGGCCCCCAGCAAUCGCCGCAUUCCGUCCCGGCCGCCCUGUUCAUCCACGACGCCGCCGACGAGGAGGAGGACAACACCCAGUCGGACACGGACAAUAGCAAAUUGGCCGAUCCGCGAGAUGCUCGCCCCACCCACCAGCAGCACCACCAUCGUGUCGGCGGCGGAGCUGGAGGACGAGCCGCCAAGCCGACCCGUGCCUCCUCGAUGCGCACCGACCCCUACAGCAAGCUGAUGGGAAGUGACAACCUGGCGUCGGAGCGCGAGGACAAGCCCCCGGGUCCCGUCGGUGCCCACCAGAUGGGCGACCCGUUUGCCAUCGGCGCCUCGGAGUUGCGCGAGCGUGAGCGGCGUGAAGCGAUGGGCGGUGGUGCGACGUCCGCUCUUGGUGCAGACCCCGCAUCGGAUGCCGGCGACAUUGACUACGAGAUGGGCGGCCCCGUCCUGCCGAUAAACCCGCCGCGCACCGGCCCCGGCAACGGCGGCAACCCGUUCGGCGACAACCCCUGGAAACGGGCCGAAGAGCGCUACAAGAAACGGAAUGGACCCGGCGGGGGAGGCGGACUUGGCGGCGGCGGCGGACCGUGGCAGCACCAGAAUGGCGGAGGAGGCGGAGGCGGACACCCGUACCCCCAAGGGCCCUACCACCCGCAUCAGCAGCAGCCCCAUCACAAUGGCCCACACAUGCCCCAUCAUCCCCAGCAACAACAGCACCAACAGCAGCAGCAGAUGAUGAUGAUGGGCGGUGGAGGCGGAGGAGGACCGCCGAAGGGCAUGCGAGGAGGACAUAUGGGCGGAUUCCGCGACCAGCUCCAUCACCACCUCGACGAUGACCACAUGGACGUGGGCGGCGGCGGCGGGGACAGGCGAUACGGCGGUGGACACGGUGGCCCGGGCGGCGGCCGAGACUACGGAGGCGGUGCCCACAACGGUGCUGGCGGCGGCUUCAACAUGUUCAAUGGCGGCGGCAAGCAGCAGAACGGCGGCGGAGGCGGUGGACCUGGCGCUGGCGCCGGCGGCAUGCACCCCGGCAUGGGCUUCCGCAAACCGGCCCCGCAGUGCGUCUUCUGGGAGAACCGCCGUCACCGCCAGGAGACGGGCUGCACGCUGUGGCACCCGCGCGAGAGCUGCCGCUUCUUCCCGGGCUGUGCUCAUCAGGCGCAAGACUGCGGCUUUGCCCACCCGUUCUGCGGCCCGGUGUGCGUGUGCUUGCCCGGCGAGCGCAACCCGCAGAUGAACCACUGGACCGAGCACCUGCAGAAGUCGUUCGGCACGCUGCCUCACGAA